AUUGUGACAGGCAAUUGCGCACGUCGGUUCUCACGAAACACAAUGGCGUCCUCCUUUUGUUGGGGUUGCCUCUCGAAGCUCCGUCCCUCCCCCAAAUCCCUUCUUCCAGUGACCGCGAUACCCCGAGCUGCCGCGACAGCACCAUUUCAUUCCACCGCUUUCACAUAUGCCCUUCCGCCCAAAAAGUCCCGAAGUCAAGAUGCCGGCCCAAAAUUCCGUGAAGCGCGUUCUGCCCGAGUGAAAAAGAGGAGUACAGCUAUUAAACCAGCGCGAGAAUCGCCAGCGGAGCGGAAAGCUCAUACCCAUCGCCUGGUUCUUAGUAACGCGAAUGCGCUCGAAGUUACCGGGCUACAGGACCUCUCGGUGGAGAAUAUGGUUGAUGCAAAAUUACAAGGACAGGUUGUGGGCGUUCCCAUGUCCUUGAUAGAUAAUCUGAGAGCGUUGCAAGCGUUUAAGACAUCGCAAGGAUGGGGAAUGUUUCGACGGCCUGGCACGUUAAUGAGGAGGGAGACGCUGGAGUUGGCGAGCUUGAUGGCUGAAAUUCGGGAGAAAGAAAAGGGGAAAGCAGCAGCAAAGCUUGUUACCGGUGAUAGAUUUGCCGGAAAAAGCGUCCAUUUGUUGCAGGCAAUGACAAUGGGGUUGUUGGAUAAAUGGGUUGUCAUGAGCGUGCCUGAUGCACGCGACCUUGUCAAUGGAACUACGGCGUACGCACCGCUGCCAGGAUCAAAUCCGACCCAAUACGUGCAGAAGAAUGCGGCUGCUCAAUUGUUGGAGAGAAUAGCCCAGGCCAAUAAAGAUGUGCUCUCGAAGCUUUUUAUUUCCCGCCAACAUUCGCAGCUAGCAUCAGUCUUCCACCCUAACAUGUCUCUUCUCGAACUUGCUACCACUGGGUCUCAGCAAGCUGAGCUUGCUUGGCCUGCCUUCCAAGCACUCUGGUCCGAACUCACAGUAACAAAACCGGCCGAGGCUGCCGAAGGCUUCAAACCUUUCGCACUUCGUCCACCAGUCCUGAUUACGAUAGACGGCAUUUCGCACUGGAUGCAAGACACGAAAUAUUUCAACGCGGAAUAUGAACCCAUACAUGCUCACGAUCUCACCUUUGUCAAUCAUUUCCUUUCUCUUGCUUCAUCCCCUGCCAUUUCUAUGCCUAACGGCGGUCUUGUUCUCUAUGCCACAUCUACCUCAAACAACCCCGCCAUCCACACCUUCGACCUCGGUAUCAAACAACUGUCCGCCCGCUGUUCCGGGGUCAACCCUACGUCUUCCGCCUUCCCCCUCCCUGGACCGUACGAAAAAUUGGAUGCACGUGUGAGUUCAUUCUUUAACGAAGCGAAAGGACUGGGGCUUGUGAACCUAGGUGGACUAAGCAAAGACGAGACGAGGGGUCUGUUGGAGUACUACGCACUUUCUGGCAUCAUGCGCGAGCGGAUCACAGAGAGCUUGGUUGCCGAGAAAUGGGGUCUAUCCGGGGGUGGAGUGAUUGGGGAGCUGGAGAGAAUGGGGAAGAGAAUGAGGGUUAUGCCGGCAGCUUGAAUGAAUUUAUGAGACAGCCCUCGCACUUACGUUGGUAUUGUCUGGCAGAAGUGUGACUUUCUGAAGGCUUCACAGCAAUAGGGUUAAUUGGGUGAAACCUUUCCUUUUGCAUUGGGUGUGUAUAUUUGUGACAUGUAACAACACAGCAUGUAUCUCUAGA